CAAUUAAGCAGCUCUGGGAUAAAACGCUCCGCCUGCGGGAGCACGGGGCAUUGCUUCAAGAGAUGGCAAGGCAGGCAGCUGCACCCCUCCUCCCCGGAGUCCUCCUCCUCCUCUUCGCCAUCCUCCCGGCUUCUCGGCAAGGAGGGGUCCCUGGUGCUAUCCCAGGAGGAGUCCCAGGAGCAGGCUUUUUCCCAGGUGCUGGAGUUGGAGGUUUGGGAGCAGGACUUGGUGCUGGAGCAAAACCUCUCAAAGCAGGGGUCGGAGGCCUCGGGGGACUCGGCCCGCUUGGCCUGCAGCCAGGUGCUGCAGGUCUCUUCCCUGGAGCUGCUUAUCCUGGUGGUGUGUUCCCCGGCGCCGCCUCUGCCGCCGCACUCAAAGCUGCCGCGAAGGCUGGUGCUGGCAUCGGCGGCAUAGGUGGAGUUGGUGGUCCUGGUGGCCUUGGGGUCGCCCCAGGUGUGGUGGUACCAGGUGGGGUGCAGCCUGGGGUUGGCGCAGCAGCCAAACCCCCCAAAGUGCCAGGUGCUGGCAUCCCUGGAGCGUUCCCGGGUGGCGUGCUCCCUGGCGCAGGUGCCCGCUUCCCUGGUGUAGGGGUGCUGCCAGGAGUGCCCACUGGUGCUGGAGUCAAGCCCAAAGGCCCAGGAGCAGGAGCCUUCGCAGGAAUCCCUGGACUGGGAGGUUUUGGAGGUCAGCAGCCCGGUGUCCCUCUGGGGUAUCCCAUCAAAGCUCCUAAGCUCCCAGGUGGCUAUGGAUUGCCCUACAGCACUGGCUUUGGGCCUGGUGGGAUUGGAGCUGGCCUCGGGGUCGGAGGGAAGGCCGGGUACCCCACUGGCACAGGAGUUGGAGCACAGGCAGCAGCAGCGAAAGCAGCAGCUAAAUAUGGAGCUGGUGUCCUGCCUGGGGCUGGUGCCAUCCCAGGAGUCGGUGGAGUGGUGCCCGGCGUCGGUGUUGUCCCAGGAGCCGGAGUUGGUGGUCCGGCAGCGGCAGCGGCGGCGGCGAAGGCAGCGGCGAAGGCGGGAGCUUUCGGUGCUGGGGCAGUGCCCGGCGUUGGCGGCAUCCCCGGCCUGGUGCCCGGCGUUGGUGGUGUCCCCGGGGUAGCAGGAGUCGGGACGCCGGCGGCGGCAGCAGCAGCAGCAAAGGCAGCUAAGUACGGAGCUGGUGUUGGUGUUCCUGGCAUUGGAGGUGUCCCCGGUGUCCCUGCUGUCCCCGGUGUCCCUGCUGUCCCCGGAGUGCCUGGGGUUCCUGGCGUGGCUGGGGUUCCUGGCGUGGCUGGAGUUCCUGGCGUGGCUGGAGUUCCUGGCGUGGCUGGAGUUCCUGGCGUGGCUGGGGUUCCUGGUGUUGGAGUGGGUGUUCCAGGAGCUGCAGCGGCUGCAGCAAAGGCCGCAGCGAAAGCGGCAGCAUAUGGAGCAGGGCGUGUGCCCGGUGUCGGCGUGCCCGGUGUCGGUGUGCCAGGAGUCGGUGUUCCCGGUGUCGGUGUUCCCGGAGUUGGUGUUCCCGGUGUUGGUGUCCCUGGAGUUGGUGUCCCUGGAGUUGGUGUCCCUGGAGUUGGUGUGCCUGGUGUUGGUGUGCCUGGUGUUGGUGUUCCUGGUCUAGUGCCAGGAGUCGGUGUUCCAGCACCUGCUGCUGCUGCCAAGGCAGCUGCCAAAGCAGCUAAGUAUGGUGCAGGUGGCCUUGCUCCCGGCGUGGGUGGCCUUGCUCCCGGCGUGGGUGGCCUUGCUCCCGGCGUGGGUGGCCUGGCUCCCGGUGUAGGUGGCCUUGCUCCAGGUGUAGGUGGCCUUGCUCCCGGAGUGGGUGGCCUGGCCCCGGGUGUUGGAGGUGUCCCAGGGGUCGGCGCUCCGGCCGCAGCAGCGAAGGCAGCAGCCAAGGCAGCCAAAUUCGGCGCGGGGGUCGGAGGGGUGCCCGGCGCGGUGCCCGGCGCGGUGCCUGGUGCGGUGCCCGGUAUUGCCGGAGUGCCAGGAGUGACGCCCGGUGUUGGUGGUGUGCCUGGGCUGGUGCCAGGCGUGGGAGUGCCCGGGACUGGCAUCCUCCCUGGUGCAGGCAUCCCCCAAGUAGGGGUGCAGCCUGGUGCUAAACCUCCCAAAUUUGGUGUUCCCGGGGCUGGAGUCCCAGGGGUUGGUGGCAUCCCAGGUGGCCUUGGAGUUGGUGGCCUUGGAAUCGGUGGCCUUGGAGCUGGUGGGCUCGGUGCUGGCAUCUUGUAUCCAGGAGCUGCUGGGAAACCUCCCAAGCCAGGUUUUGGUGUUGGGGGGCUGCAGCCAGGAGCUGGAGUUCCCGGCUUUGGUGUGUCACCAAUAUUUCCAGGUGGGGCUGCCGGCCAGCUGGGAUUCGGUGGGAAACCCCCCAAGACCUACGGAGGAGCCCUCGGCGCCCUGGGUUUUAGAGGCGGCGUGGGCUGCGCACAAGGGAAGUACUGCGGGAGGAAGCGGAAGUAACUCCCGCCGUCACCGAUGACCUCAUGAACUUUGGUGCUACUGCAUGGGCCAGAAUGUAAAUCCCGAGCAAAGCUGAGACCCUCCCCGGCCCCGCGUGCCCAGGAACGACCCGUGCCCCCCUCCCCGGCCCCUCCGACCCGUCAGGGAGUGCGGAAUAAACUGCGGGGAGCAGCCGUCCCCCUUGGUGCUAUCGCUCCCUGCGGGAUUUGGGGGGCGGGGGGGGUGUCACCUCCCUCCCAGCUCCAGAGCUGACCU